GCAGGUUGAGUCCCUCUCACAUUUUGAAUCUCCCCUGCCUCUUCUGUCAUCACAUCUCUGAGCUACCUUUCUUUCUUCAUCAUCUGCUUUUCAGAGCUCAUAUGAUUAGAUUGAAUUUAAUCAAAUAAUCCAGAAAUAAUCUCCCUGUCUUAAGGUUUGUAACCUUAAUUUCAUCUGCAAAGUUCUUUUCUGCUAUGUAGUGUAAAUAACAUACAGGUUCCAAGGAUUAGGAUGUGGAGUAGGGGUGGCAUCAUUUGGCCUACCACAGUCUGUCCUCUGACCGCCACAGAUUCACAUUUGUCCCACAGGCAAAAUACAUUCACACCAUCCUAAGAUACUCAUGAGUUGUAUCCCAUCACAGGGAGCAUCCCAAGCUGGACUGGGGAGCUAGAAGUUAGUCUGGGAAUGUUUAGGGAAUGAUGGUAGGGUUUGAGGACAGAGAUGGAGAAAAGAUGACAAAAAAAGGAAUCCUCCUCCCGCUGACCUCUGCCCCUCCUAUGUCCACAGCCUCUCAACUCAGCUGUUUGCUCUCCAGGUACCCCUGGGAUGGCGUGAGCACUCCCCCAGCGAUGGACCCAUCUGUGACGCUGUGGCAGUUUCUGCUGCAGCUGCUGAGAGAGCAAGGCAAUGGCCACAUCAUCUCCUGGACUUCACGGGAUGGUGGUGAAUUCAAGCUGGUGGAUGCAGAGGAGGUGGCCCGUCUGUGGGGGCUACGCAAGAACAAGACCAACAUGAAUUACGACAAGCUCAGCCGGGCCUUGCGGUACUACUAUGACAAGAACAUCAUCCGCAAGGUGAGCGGCCAGAAGUUCGUCUACAAGUUUGUGUCCUAUCCUGAGGUCGCAGGGUGCUCCACUGAGGACUGCCCGCCCCAGCCAGAGGUGUCUGUUACCUCCGCCAUGCCAAAUGUGGCCCCUGCUGCUGUACAUGCCGCCCCAGGGGACACUGCCUCUGGAAAGCCAGGCACACCCAAGGGUGCAGGAAUGGCAGGCCCAGGUGGUUUGGCACGCAGCAGCCGGAACGAGUACAUGCGUUCGGGCCUCUAUUCCACCUUCACCAUCCAGUCUCUGCAGCCACAGCCACCCCCUCAUCCUCGGCCUGCUGUGGUGCUCCCCAAUGCAGCUCCUGCAGGAGCAGCAGCGCCCCCCUCGGGGAGCAGGAGCACCAGUCCAAGCCCCUUGGAGGCCUGCCUGGAGGCUGAGGAGGCCGGCUUGCCUCUGCAGGUCAUCCUGACUCCGCCCGAGGCCCUAAACCUGAAAUCGGAAGAGCUGAAUGUGGACCCAGGUUUGGGCCGGGCUUUGCCCCCAGAAGUGAAAGUGGAAGGGCCCAAGGAAGAGUUGGAAGUUGCCAGGGAGAGAGGGUUUGUGUCGGAAACUACCAAGGCCGAGCCAGAAGUCCCUCCACAGGAGGGCGUGCCAGCCCGGCUGCCCGCGGUUGUUAUGGACACCGCAGGGCAGGCGGGCGGCCACGCAGCUUCCAGCCCUGAGAUCUCCCAGCCACAAAAGGGCCGGAAGCCCCGGGACCUAGAGCUUCCACUCAGCCCGAGCCUGCUCGGUGGGCCAGGACCCGAACGGACCCCAGGAUCGGGAACUGGCUCCGGCCUCCAGGCGCCUGGGCCGGCGCUAACUCCGUCCCUACUUCCUACGCAUACAUUGACCCCGGUGCUGCUGACACCCAGCUCGCUGCCUCCCAGCAUUCACUUCUGGAGCACCCUGAGUCCCAUUGCGCCCCGUAGCCCGGCCAAGCUCUCCUUCCAGUUUCCAUCCAGUGGCAGCGCCCAGGUGCACAUCCCUUCCAUCAGCGUGGAUGGCCUCUCGACCCCCGUGGUGCUCUCCCCAGGGCCCCAGAAGCCAUGACUACUACCACCACCACCGCCACCACCACCACUACCCCUUCUGGGGUCACUCCAUCCAUGCUCUCUCCAGCCAGCCAUCUCAAGGAGAAACAUAGUUCAACUGAAAGACUCAUGCUCUGAUUGUGGGGGGGUGGGGAUCCUUGGGAAGAAUGACUCCCAAGAGUGAUUCUCAUUAUCUCCUCCACAGAAAACACACAGCUUCCACAACGUCUCUGUUUUCUGUCAGUCCCCCAGUGGCCGCCCGUACACGUCUCCUACAUCAAUGGUAGGGGCGGUUUAUUUAUUUAUUUUUUGAAGGCCACUGGGAGGAGCCUGACCUAACCUUUUAGGGUGGUUAGGACAUCUCCCCCACCUCCCCACUUUUUUCCCCAAGACAAGACAAUCGGGGUCUGGCUUGAGAACGACCUUUCUUUCUUUAUUUCUCAGCCUGCCCUUGGGGAGAUGAGGGAGCCCUGUCUCCAUUUUCAGAUGUGAGUAGAAGAGUUAGUUUGUUUUGUUUUAUUAUUCCUGGCCAUACUCAGGGGUCCAGGAAGAAUUUGUACCAUUUAAUGGGUUGGGAGUCUUGGCCAAGGAAGAAUCACACCCUUGGAAUAGAAAUUUCCACCUCCCCAGCCUUUCUCUCAGACAGCUUAUCCUUUUUCAACCAACUUUGGCCAGGGAGGAAUGUCCCUUUUGUUGUUCUUCCCCCUGAAAAGCCAUUCCUUUGUCUGCCAACCUCCCUGGGGUCCUGCCUGUUUCCUCCCAAUGGAGGGUUUUUUUGGGGGGUGGUCCCCGUCUGGGGGGCCCCUCCAGCCAGUUCUCCAGGUCUCCCUGUCUCUCCCCCGCUGCCAUUUUGAUAGUAUAAUCUAUUUUUAAAUGGGGCUUUUCAAUAGGGGAGAGGGAGUCAUCUCUUCCUAUAUUUGGUGGGGUGGGUGGGAAGGAAGGGAUUUGGGGGGGAAUCUUCCUGCCGCCUCCCCCCUCCAAGUGUUUAUUUUUGAUACCAAACGUGUAUUUUCAGUUCCCUCCCUCCCAGCCCCCCAAUUUCCUGCGGGCGGGUACAAAGGACCCUUUCAAUGUCCCUGGAGUUGGGAGGGAGGAAUGGAGGACAUAAAGCCUGUCCUGUCUCUAUUCUAGGCAAGAGAGAGUGGGUUCAAAAGACUCCUGGGCUCACCUGUUAGCGCUGGCCCAGCCCAGGCCUCGGGACCUGGGGGUUGGUGAUUUGGGGGACGGUGCUACACUCGUCUCCACUGUUUGUUUUACUUCCCCAAAAUGGACCUUUUUUUUUUCUAAAGAGUCCCAGAGAAUGGGGAAUUGUUCCUGUAAAUAUAUAUUUUUCAAAGUGA